AUGCCUUUCAUGGACCAGAUGCUUGAAAGGUUAGCUGGAAAAGGGUGGUACUGCUUCUUAUAUGGAUACUCUGGCUACAACCAUAUAUCAAUUGCUCCUGAAGAUCAGGAAAAGACUACCUUCACAUGUCCUUAUGGCACCUUUGCGUUUAAACGCAUGCCAUUUAGACUAUGUAAUGCACCAACAACAUUCCAAAUGUGUAUGAUGUCUAUCUUUUCAGACAUGGUAGAAGACACUCUGGAGGUAUUUAUGGAUGACUUUUCAGUGGUAGGUGAUACAUUUGAUGAUUGUUUGCUGAAUCUUAGCAGGGCCCUACAGAGGUGUGAGGAAGCCAACUUAGUGCUGAACUAG